UGGGGGGACACUGAGGCCGGGCUGAUGCCAUGGGGGGGGCCCGGCAGGGGCAGUGAUGGCGCUGGGGGGGGGGCACGGGGGCGAUGCCUUUUCCCGGCUGUCCCCCGGCCCUGCCUCCCGGCUCUCCUGACCCGAUUCCCUCCCCCAGGGCCAUUCCCAGGCCAGGCCUUGCUGCCCGGCCCGGCCCCCCCCGGGUACCCCCAGACUCUGCCCCUGCUGCCCCCCUACCUGGACCCUGCAGCUGCGUACCCCGAGCUCUACCGUCUGAGCUUGGUGCCCCUGGGCGCUGCCGGCAUCCCCGCCGUGUCCCCGGCGUUCCCAGGUGCGUCCCUGUACCUGCCCCUGGCCCCGCCGCCGCCCCUGGGGGCUCUGGGCUCCCCCGUGGCCUAUUUCCCCCUGGGACAGGUGUACCCACCGGGGCCCACCGUGCUGCUGGACGGGGGCUUUGACACCGCGGCCAGGCUGGGCACGGGUGGCACCACCAGCAUCCCGCCGCCGCCCGCCGGGUGCCCCCCGGGCGCCCCCCCGGUGCCCGUCCCGCCCGGAGCCGCCGUCCUGCUGCCCCCGCGCAAGGGGGGCUUCCUGGGGGGGGCUGGGGGCGGCUUCAGCCUCUGUGACUCAUGCCUGCAUCGAUAACCAAACCUCCACAAGCUCGGCAGGAAUGCUGCAGGGAUGCUCAGUCGGGUGUUUUUCUUCUUUUUGGUUGUUACUUGAUGAAGAAAGAGCUCAGAUUCGACUCUAUUUUAUCUUAAUAUUUCACUUUAAUCUGAAUCUGUGUUCUCUGUGUGUGUGCGUGACCAUCCCUGACUGUUCCCGAGCUCGGCUCUCGGACUCUCUGUGCUGCACUGAACUUGUGGAGUUUUUAUACUAAAAACCAAAAAUAAAAUAAAGAUUAUUUUGAAAAUUUAAA